UCGCACAUUCCCACCUGCGAUACAGCCAACAAGUGGAAACACCUUUCAGUCAUAGCUCACGAAAUGCCCCCGCUAAUGGAUUGUGGGGUAGGUUUACUGAUUGGCUAUGACUGCUCGAGAGCACUGGCGCCACGACAGGUCAUCACUGGAGGUGACUAUGAGCCUUAUGCCACUAGGACUGACUUAGGAUGGAGCAUCGUAGGAGGUGAACCACAGCUUGUGCGAUCUAAGGAUGUGACUGGUCUGUGUCACCGCUUAUUAGUAAGGGAGAUUCCGCCUGUUACACCGGCUGCUGUCAUUAGAGCGCUUGAGUCCGAUUUUACAGACACAAGACCAGGAGAAAAGACCAUAUCUCAAGAAGAUAUUCAGUUCCUAAAGGUCGUAAAGGAAAGAAUCCGGCAAAAUGAGUGUGGUCACUUAGAGAUGCCCCUUCCCUUCAAGGUACGUCCUUACCUCCCAGACAAUAAGAAGCUUGCCUUAGUCCGGCUCAAGCACCUUAAAGGGAAACUGGACAGAGAUCCUAAAUUCAAGGAUGAUUAUGUGAGAUUUAUGGAAGGAGUCUUCAAAGAUGGUGACGCAGAGAGAGCAGACAAGCGACCAGAAACAGGAAAUGCAUGGUACAUUCCACACCAAGGGGUCUACCAUCCCAGAAAACCAGAUAAAAUCAGGGUCGUUUUUGACUGCUCUGCCAAGUAUGAAGGCACUGCCCUGAAUGACCAUCUGCUAACAGGACCUGAUCUCACAAAUGGAAUGAAUGGAGUGCUCUGCCGGUUCGGUAAGCAUCCCAUAGCAGUCAUGUGUGAUGUAGAAAAAAUGUUUCACGUUAGCAAAGAAGACAGAGAUUAUCUGCGGUUCUUGUGGUGGGAAAAUGGAAACACCAAUGCAGAGCCUGUAGAAUACCGUAUGAAGGUUCACCUCUUUGGAGCAUCAUCAUCUCCAGGCUGUGCCAAUUAUGGCAUGAAGCAUCUCGCCAGCCAGAAUGAGAUAGAGCACCCUUCAGCAGCUAGCUUCAUCAAAAAACAUUUCUACGUAGACGAGGGCUUAAUAAGCCUGGAGUCAGUUGAUGAGGCAAUCAAGCUGGUGAAAGAAGCCCAAGCUGUGUGCGCUAAAGGAAAGUUGCACCUUCACAAGUUCCUUUCCAACAAUCGAGAGGUGCUGGAGUCUAUCAGUGUCACUGAAUGUGCUAAUGAGGUGAAGAAUGUGGAUCUCAACUAUGAUGACCUUCCAGAACAGAGAGUCUUAGGAGUACGGUGGAAUGUAGAGAAAGACGUCUUCUCCUUCAAGAUCUCCCUUGACGAGAAACCAUCCACAGGACGUGGGAUUCUCUCUAUGGUGGCCUCUUUGUACGAUCCGUUAGGAUUCCUAGCCCCAUUCAUAAUAUCUGGGAAGAGGGUGCUACAAGAGAUGUGUCAGAAGGGCGUCGGUUGGGACGAACCACUACCCAAAGAGUUGAAGUCAAGGUGGGAGAGUUGGUUAAGUGACUUGGGAAACCUUGAAAAGAUUCAGAUCCCUAGGUGUUUCACACCUGAAAACUUUGGCAAGGUUCUGAAAGUUGAGUUGCAUCACUUCUCAGAUGCCAGCAGUCAAGGCUAUGGACAGUGCUCAUACAUCAGAUUGAUGAGCGAAGAUCAUGUACACUGCGCCUUGGUCUUGGGUAAAUCGAGAGUGGCUCCUACAAAAAUUGUCACAAUCCCAAGAUUAGAGCUGACCGCAGCAGUGAUCUCAGCUGCUGUGAGCAGUAUGCUGAAGGAGGAGCUGGAGCUCAGGGUCGACAGAGAGUAUUUUUGGACAGAUUCCCAAGUAGUCCUAGGGUAUAUCAACAAUGAAGCUCGAAGGUUUCAUGUCUUUGUUGCAAAUCGUGUGCAGAGAAUAAGGGAAACCACAAACCCAGGACAGUGGUACUACGUCGACACAGUGGAGAACCCUGCUGAUCAUGCCUCAAGAGGCCUCAAAGUAACAGAGCUGAUCAACUCAAAUUGGUUCAUUGGGCCCAAGUUCCUAUGGGAGAGAGAGGUAGUUACAAACCAAGGGUCUUCAGAGUUGCUGGUGGGAGACCCUGAUGUUAAGACAAUCCAAGUGCUGAAAACUGAGACUGCAGGGCAAGUUGAGUUUCAAGAGCGACUGUCACGUUUCUCAAAAUGGACCACAUUGGUAAACGUCAUCGCUUGGAUUCAACGAUUAGCUAAGAGGAUUAAUAAGUCAUCCCCCUUAAAUGUGGAGGAAAGAAGGGGGGCUACACUCACUCUCAUAAAGCUAGCACAGCAACAUGCCUUCAAAGAAGAGUUGCAUAUACUCAGCCAGGAAUCAGGAAAGCUGCCUUGUAACCACCAACUGUAUCAGCUUGACCCAUUCCUCGAAGAUGGUGUUAUGAGAGUGGGAGGUCGACUGAGGAGAGGAUCUGCUCCUCUUGAUCUGAGACACCCAAUUAUUCUUCCAAGAGAUGGUGUUGUCACACGGCUCAUCCUUGCACACCACCACAAUAAAACACAGCACCAAGGCAGAGGACAAACCCUCAAUGAACUGAGAGCAAAUGGGUACUGGAUUAUUGGCUGUAGUAAGGCAGUAGCACAGCACAUAAGGCAAUGUGUUCCCUGUAGAAGAGCUCGUGGGCCAUGUAGGAAGAAGAACAACGGAUGUCAGAUCUUCCCACAGACCGCGUUGAUCCUUCACCACCGUUCACUUACUGCGGCAUGGACUGUUUUGGUCCGUUCUAUACUAAGCAAGGUCGCAAGGAACACAAACGGUAUGGUCUCUUGUUCACGUGCCUAUGCUCCAGAGCAGUCCACAUAGAGAUGUUGGAAGACAUCACAACCGAUGCAUUCAUCAAUCCCUUACGGAGUUUCAUAGCCAUCCGUGGAGCUGUUCGACAUAUCAGAUCCGAUCAAGGCUCCAACUUUGUGGGAGCAACAAAUGAAUUGGAAAGAGCUCUAAAGGAAGUAAACAAAGAAAGAGUAAAUGUAUAUCUGGCAGAUAAGCAGUGUGACUUCCUCAUGAAUGUACCAGGCUCAAGUCAUGUUGGAGGCAUAUGGGAGUGGCAGAUCAGGACAGUCAGGAGUGUGUUAUGCUCAGUCAUUGCACACAGUGCUGGAAGGUUGGAUGAUGGUUCUUUAAGGACAUUCUUUUAUGAAGCCAUGUCCAUUGUAAAUAACCGCCCACUCACUGUUGACAGUAUUAGUGAUCCCACAAGCUUAGAGCCAUUAACACCCAACCACCUGAUUACCAUGAAAUCCUCCGUUCCUCUGCCUCCACCCGGGAAAUUUGUUGAGGAAGAUUUGUAUGCCAGAAAACGGUGGAGACGAGUGCAGUAUCUAUCCGAACAAUUCUGGAACAGAUGGAGAAAGGAAUAUCUUGCCAACAUCACUCUUAGGCAAAAGUGGCAUGCUCCAAGACGCAACGUGCAAGUUGGCGAUAUUGUGAUUGUCAAGGAAGGAGAGCUCCCUCGAAAUGAAUGGAAACUUGGCAGAGUUCUUAAGGUUCGUAAGGAUGAUGAUGGACUAGUUAGGAGAGUUACGCUACAGAUAGGAGAGCGGAAGUUAGGAAAAGGAGCUCUCAACAAGCCAUCCAUUGUCGAACGACCCAUUCAAAAGUUAGUGGUUCUUGUACAGAGCAGGUGAAAAGAAAAAAAAAAAAAAAAGUCAAACUCAAGUAUCCCUUUCUUAGUGUAGGGAAUCAAGUUUAAUCUGUGAGAAAAACAGUUUCCCAAUUGAAAUUAUACAAUGCAACUGUGGGUUGAGAUAUUUACAUGUCAAUGUGAUUGAAGAGUUUUGUACACUGUUGAUUAACCAUAAUGCUCAGGUUUCCAGAUGUUCUUUGAGUGAUCUUUAACAAAGUGAUUGGAAAUUACCAUUGAUUUGUUUGAAGAGUGUUUAAUGUAUUAAACUUCACUUGUUUUUGGUUAUUAAUUUAAUCAAAGGUAAUUUGGUGGGAGUGUAGCUGACGCUGAAAAGUGUAUAUUUGUUGCCAUGACAACGCCAAAAAUUAGUUUAAGCAAUCCGUAUGAUUGCUGGGUAGUUUCAGUUUUAUACAUUAUUAUAAAACAUUGUUAACUGAAUUUCGGGUUCUUUAUGAGUUAAAUUAAGUUGUAUUUUGUCCUUUGGUAUAUUCAGUACAAACGACUUUUAUUUUGGUAAGCUACAGGACCGGAUGUUUUGGUGACGGGCGCAAAAGGAAGAAGAGAAAGGCGAACGUGAAUAGCGAACUUUUAGCUCCUGAUUUGUUUUUAUUCUACUGCUGGUCUACCAGGCAAACACGUUUUCACGGUGUUCCAUCAUGCUUUCUUAAAGGAAUAAAGGUGAAUAUGGACAUCAGUA